AUGUGGGAACCUCGAGUUUACAUUCCUGUAAGUAUAGUUGCAUUCACUAUAUGUGUUGGCAUUGCAGCAUUUGCAACAUACAUGAUCCUAUGGAAGAAGAUGAAUCCACACCAUGGCUCGAUAUCUAAAAAGAAUGUCGAUUUAGAGCUUCAACAGUUAAGUCUAAGUGUACGAACAGUUAGCGAAAACAAAAUCUCAUUUGAAUCCUCCUCACACAAGCUCAUGGUGGUGGAAACCUUCACAGUACAGGAGCUGACCACGGCCACUGCAGACUUCUGUUCGGGCAAUCUGAUUGGUGGCAGCGUGUACCAUGGACGCCAUAAAGGUAAAGACCUGGCCAUCAAGUGCACUGACCACAGUACCAUUUCCAAGAUUAAAUUUGAUCUCUGUAAUGAUUCAACCCAUUUUCACCCGAAUAUUGUCAGACUGUUGGGGAGUUGUAAAGCAGCUGAGUCUGACUCUGCAUAUUUGGUCUUUGAGUAUGCAAAAAACGGGUCGUUAAAGGAUUGGAUUCAUGGUGGAUUAGCAAUGAAGAGUCAUUUCAUUGCUUCAUGUUCUUGUUUUUUGACUUGGAACCAGAGGCUAAAGAUUUGUUUGGAUGUUGCCACUGCUUUACAUUACAUGCAUCAGAUAAUGAGCCCGAUGUACAUUCAUAGAAAUGUCAAAAGUCGAAAUAUUUUUCUUGAUGAAGAAUUUAAUGCCAAGAUCGGGAACUUUGGUAUGGAAGAAUGCGUUAAAGAUAUCCCUGAAGAAGGUUCAGCUUCAGCGGAACCUUUUUCAUGGGAUAGAGGGUACAAUGCACCUGAACUUAUAGAUAAGAGUUCAGAUGCAAUAACUAAAAAUAGUGAUAUUUACACUUUUGGGGUGGUUUUGCUUGAAAUUUUAUCAGGAAAACCACCCGUUAGCAAGCUGGAGAAAGAAGAAGGGAGUGUCUUCUUGUAUAAUGAAAUCAAGUUAAUACUGGAAUCAAGUGAUGCUGCUGAGAAGCUAAGACAAUGGAUGGAUAACGUGUUGGGGGAGAAUUAUUCGUUUGAUGCAGCAGUCAUGUUAGCAAAUCUAGCAAAAGCUUGCGUUGAAAAUGAUCCUUUGUUGAGGCCAAAUGCUGGAGAAGUAGUGCAAAAGUUGUCAAAACUAGUGGCAGAGUUGUCAGAAGAAGAGGAGCAGUUCACUGUAGGUGAAAGUUCUUGUAAACCUCUUGUUGUUAAGCCCAUCUGUGUUUAA